AUGGAGACGGGCCCGGCGCCCCUGGUGGCCCCGCCGCGCCGUCAUGGCGCCCCUGCGGCCCCCUCGCCGCCGCCCCGGGGUUCCCGGGCCGGGCCCAUGUUGGUGGUGGCCCAGGGGCCGCCUGUGACUACGGCCACUUCGGCCCCCGUCACCCUGGUGGCCCCCGGGGAGGCGCGGCCCGCCUGGGUCCAGGGGCCGGCCCCGACCUCGGCCUCGACGGCCCCGGCCAGCACGGUGGUGGUGCUGACUCUGGAAGCUUCAUCCGAAGCCCCGGAGAUGCAGGUUCCCCCCGGCCCGGAGCCCCCGGUGCCCGCGCCCGCCGCCGCAGCCCCAGCGCCAGCGCCUCCGGCGUCAGGGGUGGACUCUCCGAAGAUGGAAGAGAUUCGAACCUCACCUGUCCCAGGACCAGGGACUCCCACCGGGACCCCCACCAAGACCCCUUCCAGAACAGCUCCUGGGGUUCUGGCCGGCAAACCUCCGCUCGCCCCCAAGCCGGGAACCCCAGUGGCCUCAGGAGCGACUGCACGGGGUGCAGCAGCAAAGGUGACAAGUGGACCUGGACAUGGGGCUGCAACAGCAACACCAGCAUCAGCAGGACAGGCUCCAGAGGACGCCUCGGGCCCGGGUCCUGGCGCUUCAGGGACGAGUGAGGCUCCGGUAGCUGUCGUGACGGUGACCCCAGCUCCAGAGCCCGUGGAAAACACUCAAGACCUGGGCUCUACAUCCAGCUUGGGACCUGGCAUCUCGGGGCCUCGGGGGCAGGCCCCGGACACCCUGAGCUACUUGGAUUCUGUAAGCCUCAUGUCCGGGACCUUGGAGUCCUUGGCGGAUGAUAUGAGCUCCAUGGGCUCAGACUCGGAGAUAAACGGGCUGCCCCUGCGCAAGACGGACAAGUAUGGCUUCCUAGGGGGUAGCCAGUACUCGGGAAGCCUAGAAAGUUCCAUUCCUGUGGAUGUGGCUCGUCAGCGGGAGCUCAAGUGGCUGGAGAUGUUCAACAACUGGGAUAAGUGGCUGUCACGGCGUUUCCAGAAGGUGAAGCUACGCUGCCGGAAGGGGAUCCCCUCCUCCCUAAGAGCCAAGGCCUGGCAGUACUUAUCUAAUAGCAAAGAACUUCUGGAUCAGAACCCCGGCAAGUUUGAGGAGUUGGAACGGGCUCCUGGGGACCCCAAGUGGCUGGAUGUGAUUGAGAAAGACCUGCACCGCCAGUUCCCUUUCCAUGAGAUGUUUGCUGCUCGAGGGGGGCAUGGGCAACAGGACUUGUACCGAAUCCUCAAGGCCUACACCAUCUACAGACCUGACGAGGGCUACUGCCAAGCCCAGGCCCCAGUGGCUGCAGUCCUGCUCAUGCACAUGCCAGCUGAGCAAGCCUUUUGGUGCCUGGUGCAGAUCUGCGACAAGUACCUCCCAGGUUACUACAGUGCAGGGCUGGAGGCUAUUCAGCUGGAUGGAGAAAUCUUCUUUGCACUCCUGCGCCGGGCUUCCCCAUUAGCACAUCGGCACCUGCGGCGGCAGCGCAUUGACCCUGUGCUCUACAUGACAGAAUGGUUCAUGUGCAUCUUUGCCCGCACCUUGCCCUGGGCUUCAGUGCUGCGUGUCUGGGACAUGUUUUUCUGUGAAGGAGUCAAGAUCAUCUUUCGGGUGGCCCUAGUUUUGCUUCGACACACGCUGGGGUCGGUGGAGAAGCUGCGUUCCUGCCAAGGCAUGUAUGAAACCAUGGAGCAGCUGCGCAACCUGCCUCAACAGUGCAUGCAAGAGGACUUCCUGGUACAUGAGGUUACAAACCUCCCAGUGACAGAAGCACUGAUUGAGCGAGAGAAUACAACUCAGCUGAAGAAGUGGCGGGAAACCCGGGGAGAGUUGCAGUAUCGGCCUUCCCGGCGACUACAUGGCUCGCGGGCCAUCCACGAGGAGCGCAGGCGUCAGCAGCCACCCCUGGGUCCCUCCUCCAGCCUCCUUAGCCUCCCCGGCCUCAAGAGCAGAGGCUCUCGGGCAGCUGGAGGGGCCCCCUCCCCUCCCUCUCUCCCCCGCAGAGCCAGUGCUGGGCCUGUCCCCGGGCCCGUGGUGACUGCAGAGGGACUGCACCCUUCCCUUCCCUCACCCACCGGCAACAGCACACCCCUGGGUUCCAGCAAGGAGACCCGGCGGCAAGAGAAGGAGCGGCAGAAACAGGAGAAGGAGCGGGAGAAGCAAGAGAAGGAGAGGCAGAAGUGGGAAAAAGAACAAGAGAAAGAACAGCAGAAGCAGGAGAAGGAACGGCAGAAACAGGAAAAGGAGAGGGAGAAGGAGCGGCAGAAACAGGAGAAGGAGCGGGAGAAGGAGAGGCAGAAACAAGAGAAGAAGGGCCAAGGCCGGAAGCUUUCCCUGCGUCGGAAGGCAGAUGGUCCCCCAGCGCCUCAUGAUGAUGGGGACAGGUCCUCUGCAGCUGAGGCCAGGCAGGACGCUUAUUUCUGACCUCUGCCUGGGCCUGGACAGCAUGGCCCCCUCCAUUUCCCUCAGCCAAGAACAGGCCAGGCCAGGCCUGGGAUCCUCCCUCAGCCCCUUCAACAGGCUGUCCCUCGUUCUGAGGAAAGUGGCUUGAUUCUCCCAUUUUUUGCCAGCUGCUGGUCCCUACACAGCUAGGACAGCCACAAUGCAUGGGGCAGCUACAUUUCCUGGGGGUAGCCAUGACCAAGGCUGGGGCCACUUGCCUCUGAUUAGGCCCAGCUGGGAUGUCUGUCUCUCCUGCCAAUUCCCUCUGGGAUCCUUUCCCAGGUGCUGUCCUAACUGGCCUCUUGUCACCAAGAGGCAGUGGCAGCAGUUUGCAGAUUCUUACACACCAGUGGCUCACAUUACCCACAAGGUAGAGCCAGGUUCCUUUUCCCUUCUUCAACCCUGCGCGUUUCUCCCACUGCCUUUCUGGGGGCCAACGCUCUCCUCACCUCCCUCUACUUUUGGACAUCUCUGUUGUAAUUAUGUACAGAGGAUCAAGGUUGGCCCAGGGUGGGGUGCUCACUCUGUCCUUCGUUCUCCUCCCAGUGUUCCUAAACUUUGGUAUAUUUAAGGGGACAUGCACUCAAAUAGGAACUGUCCCCCUCUUCCCCUCCCGUACUUCUCUGGCACUCCCUCUUCAUCUACCUGCUCUGUAUUCUCAGGCCUCUGCUUUAUCUCACCAGGACUCCUACUUUUCAUCUUGUUCCCUUCCAACCCUCAAGCUCCUUUCUGAGUAAGGGUCCUCCCUUGAGUCCAGGGGAUGGAACCCAGUGUUUACAUUCUCUUCUGUCUCAGCCCCAUCCCAUGCGGCGCUUUGAGGAACCGGAAAAAGAACCUGCUGUUGUACCUGG